AUGUCUGAGUUGCCUGCUUUCCCCCGAAUGUCCUUCCUGUUGCUUUGCAUUCUGGGUAUGACCGUGGUGACAUCUGGCUUCCCUCAGCCUCGACUAUCUCUCAGAAGUCCUGAGGAUUCAGCCGAACCUAAACGAGAUGACUGGGAUGUCCUUUUCCCCUCCAUCUCUCUCCGUGAUUGGAGCAUUCAAAUGAUGUCAGCCCCCAGCCUCGGAGCAGCCAAUAGCAAGGCAGGACUGAUGAGAGAGGCGUGGCUGUUUGCCCCAGAAAGGGCAGAGGCCAGCAUGGAGAGGGCGUGGCCUGCUGAAUGGUCGUCUCAGGGUGCCGGCAUGGUGAAGAGGAACAUGGUGGUGGCUGAUGAUGCUGCCUUCAGAGAGAAGAGUAAACUCCUCACCUCCAUGGAGAGACAGAAGUGGCUCAACUCCUACAUGCAGAAACUACUGGUGGUUAAUUCUUCAUGAUACUGGCAAAAAGCCAU